AUGAAGUUUCGUAGCCAAAACCUUUUGAUGAGUUAUCGGGUGUUGUUUGUCAUUGCUGUGUCUUGUGCCGCUUUGGGUUUGCUCUACGUCAUGAUUUUCGACAAUUUUUUAACGCCACAAUGGAGUACAAUCUUCUACACCAAUCCAAGAAUGUAUCACUUGAAUACUAGCAACAAGAGUAAGUAUAUAAAGAGUGCGUGACUGACCAAGUUUCGUUGGUCAAGAUGACAAAAUUGGUUAGGUGUAAGUUUUUUUUUAUUGCGGUUUUUUCUUUCACUACUGGCCAUCAUUUUCCGAGAUUUUUUAGUGAUAUAAGGGCCUUAGAUCAUUUUCGGUAUGGAGGUUUUUAAUUGAUAAAAGGUUUAUUUAAGAUAUUAAAUUGUUUUAUUGGGAAUAUUAGCUAUUUCGGCGGUAGUGUUGGAACAAAAAUAUUACCUUGAUAACCAGUUAUAAAAAACAAUUCUCAAGCAUAAGAUACAGAGCCCCGAGAGCCUGGGGCUAGUUGAAAACAUUCUCAUUGUUCGAUGGUUCGAUGGUUGUCCUAGAACACUAUCCUUUUGUUUUGAAACAAGACUUACGAAUUCCCAUAAUCCUAAGAUACAUUAUGCAAACUAAACCUGCUCACAGUGCAUCUUCGUUCCCAGGGUAGCGACGAGUAGAACAGCACCCUGGGAACGAGGUUGCUUACAGCGGCGCUCUCACGUUCUCGUGACGACUAUAAUGCAGGUUCGAUUCUCGGUCUAUGCAACGUUGUGUCUCGGCGCUCUACUCUAAUGUUUUUCGAUAUCUCCGGGUUCUCCAGUUUUUAACCCUGGGAGCCGUCUCUUGCAAUUGAUAGAGGAAGAGAGAGAGAGAGAGAGAGGGUCCUUGAACGAGGUUGUGUCCAGUUCGAACGUAAACCCUCCCUAGUCUUCACAUUGAAACUCUUGCUUCAUUUCGGUAUUUGUUCAGUUACUGUUUGUUUUAUCAUAUCAUAGAAAGAACAGCAGUUUUUCAAAUUAAUGCCAAGGAAAAAGGAGACUACAUCAAAGAGCAAUCUUCACGGGCAGAAGCCAGCCAAAUACGCAACAAUUUGAGGAACUUAAGUACACUACAAUCUCAACCAAAUUCAGUGGCAACGAGGAAAAAUCUCAUCAUAUUAAGUCCAGGCAGAGGAGGGUCUUCUUUCCUUGGUGGUAUUUUUGACAGCAGUCCAUAUGUUAUGUAUUGGUUCGAGCCUCUCCACACAGUCAUCACAGAAAUAUUAAAAGCUGAUGUAAUAAAGUUCAUAGAAGGAGAAGAGCCGAAAAAUUACAGUCAAACUUCAGUCGGAGUAAUCAACAGCAUGUUUGAUUGCGAUUUUAGCAACAUCAGUGAUUUAGCUAUAACGGCAUUUUCUAACAGCAUGUUUCGUAAGCGCAGUAGAGCGCAAACCAGUGGCUAUUUAUGCCCGGACAAAUGCUUACCUUUCACAAGGUCUCUGCUUCGGAAAGCUUGCAACUCUUACAACCAUACGGUUAUCAAGAUUUUAACUGAUCGAGUCCCCAACAAGGUUAUAGAAAGUUUAGAAGAGUUAUUCAAAAGGAUUGAUCGGUAUGAUGCGAAGCUUAUUCUCCUAUUUCGCGAUCCUAGGGCUCUUCUUUAUUCCAUGGCAGAGUCUGCACGUUGGAUAACUGACUCACCUCUGGAUUCAAAGUUUCGUAAAUUUGUUCAUAGGGUUUGCAAUCCCAUAAUUCAAAAUAUACGUUUUGGUUUGUCUCCCCCACCAUGGCUUAAAAACCGCUUUAAAGUUGUUCGCUACGAAGAUCUCGCGUUGAAUACUAUCAAUACAGCACAAGAACUGUUUAGAUUCGCGGGAUUUGAUUGGUCGGAGAGUGUUGAACAAUGGAUAGCUAAACACUCAAGACGGAGCAGUAAAACAUCCGCGAGGGAUCCAUACUCCCUUUACAGAAAUGCGUCAUUUGUCAUUAACAAGUGGAAAAAUGCUUCCGAGGUUUUCAUAAGGACUGUAGAAGAUACGUGUGGGGAUCUCAUGGACAUGCUUGGGUACAAAAAGUGGUCAAAACAUGAUAAAUCUGAUAUAGUUACAGUAAAUAAGGACAUCAGAUAUCCAUGA